GAUCAUUUCCACAGCUGAAACUCUGCUCCCUUCUCUCUCUCUCUCUCUCUCAAAUUUCAGACACACUCUUCCUCUCUCACCCACGCCACCCACACACUUCUCUCUUCUACGCUAAACUCCCCGCUCUCGCCGGAGAUGAUACCGGCGCCGGAGUCCAUGUUCGGAGAGAUACGAAUCCAACGGCGGAGGUUGGCGUGAAAUAAUGGAAAAUCAGAAAAGCCAGCAAAAGCUCACUAGGACCAACUCCUCGUUGCUCCGGUCAUCCCCCACCGUCCGCUCCUCGAUUCAAAGCCUCUCCUCGGUGAGCGAGAUCGCAUCCGAUCAGGAAAAUUCAGACCUCGAGGAGCAGAAGCCUCACAGAAAGCCAUGCCCACCACCUGUUCGACCUAUUUCCCCGCGCUUCGCCGCUUCAAUUCUCGCCUUUCUCCUCCUCUCCGCCUACGCCCUCCUCAACUGGGACGGCGCCUCCACCUCGGAGAGUCUUCUCCUCGCCUUAAUCUUCGUCGCGGUCCUGCUUUUCCUCGUGUCGAAAAACAAGGCUUUAAUCGGGAAAAGCGUCGUCUUUUGCAAGCAGCUGUGUGAUGACUGCGGCAGAAGAUUAAAUUUGAACCCUUGCUGUUUUUACUCCAAGAAUCAAACAAAACCGGUGCAGUGGUUCAUCGGUGACCCCAAUCCGGAGGAAUUGGAAGAAUUGGAACUGGAAUUGAAUCAAGAAAAUGUUGUGAGAGAAGGUGUGGAGUUUUACACAAAUGGAGAUAUCUACGAGGGCGAGUUUCACAAUGGGAAAUGCAAUGGAAGUGGAGUGUAUAGCUUCGUUGUGAAUGGUAGAUAUGAAGGGGAUUGGAUUGAUGGGAGGUAUGAAGGGUAUGGGAUUGAGAGCUGGGCAAGAGGGAGUAAGUAUAAAGGGCAGUAUAAGCAAGGCCUACGCCAUGGAUAUGGCGUGUACAAGUUUUACACGGGGGAUUCGUAUGCGGGGGAAUGGUAUAACGGGCAGAGCCAUGGCGUUGGAGUGCAGACUUGCGCAGAUGGGAGCUGUUACAUUGGGGAGUUCAAAUAUGGUGUCAAACAUGGCCUUGGAUGUUACCAUUUCAGGAAUGGAGAUAGAUAUGGUGGGGAGUAUUUUGGGGACAAAAUCCAUGGCUUCGGGGCGUACCACUUCGCCAACGGCCACUGCUACGAGGGGUCGUGGCACGAGGGGCGCAAGCAAGGCUACGGAAUGUACACGUUCAGAAGCGGAUUGAACAGGUCCGGUGAGUGGGAUUGUGGCAACCUAACGACGCCCCUCCCACCUCUAACGGAUGCAGUCCUCCGUGCCGUUCAGGCUGCGAGAAAGACAGCAGAAAACGCAAUCCACCUCCGGUGCGUGGACGAGAAGGUGGAGAGGGCCGUGGCUGCCGCAAACAAGGCGGCCACGGCUGCGAGAGUUGCUGCUGUGAAAGCAGUUCAGAAUAGGAUCCAUCGGAAGUUUUGCAACACUAACAGCUGAAAUGGGCCGCGGUAAAUAUAAAUUUAUUUACCGUGGCUUUUGUAUAAAAGGGACGGGAAUCGCCACCCCGAUCAAGUCGGAGGGAGGUCUGAGUUACUCACUCGACCCAUAUACUAAUCUGUACAUACAAAUCCAUGUAUACAUCCUUCUAUGGAGAAAAGAAAAGAAAAAGAUGAAUCAUUUUUCAUGAAAGAUCAAAUCUUUUUUUUUUUUUUGCUCCAAUCCUCUCAUCUUUUUAGUGGGGUCAAAUUCAAAGGAUGAAGCUCCAUGAUUUGUUGUGUUUGAGACCAAAAUUCAUGACCAAGUUUGUCUCUUACAGCAUCAUUUCUUCUUAUUAUUAUAAUUUCUACUAUUAUUAUUAUUA